AUGGAUCAGGAUACCCCAGGCCAUGACUACAACCCAUCUCAGCCAGUGACUUCAGACGUCAGCAUCCCGGCCUCCCUGCUGCAGCAGAAUAUCGAGUCUCCCAGUGUCGCUUCGCCCAAUACUGCCAACGGAUGGAGUCGCGAACCGGAGGAAGACAACGAUGAGCCAGCCGUGGCGAAACCCUUCGCCCGCGUCUCAAGCCCUGAUUCAGCGGCUCGCGCGCAAGGAGCCGCAAACCCUACGGCUGAAGACGAUGACGGCGACACUGAAAGCAGCCAGGACGACGGACCGUCGUUUUACAAAAUGCACAAAUUCACCCUCUACGAGACCGUCAGCCGUUACUACAUGGUAGGGGUGGAUGUGAGUGAGAAGCGGUAUCGCAUUUUGAAAAUCGACAGGACUACAGAAGGCGCCGAGCUGAAUAUCACUGAUGACAAGAUCAUCUACAGCCUCAGAGAAGUGAACCAGCUCCUCGACACCAUCGACGAUGGCAACCGCGCAUCUGGUGGCAUCAAGCUGCGCUGUACAACCUGGGGGCUACUUGGCUUUAUCAAAUUCACCGGCCCGUAUUACAUGCUUCUCAUCACCAAGAAGAGCACCGUUGCCAUGAUUGGUGGCCAUUACAUCCACCAGGUAGAAGGGACUGAGCUGAUACCGCUGACGUCGGGACGCUCCAAAGUUGACGUUCGCAACAAACCAGAAGAACAGCGCUUCUUAACCAUCUUGAACACACUAGACCUGACCAAGUCAUUCUACUACAGCUAUUCGUAUGACAUAACCCGAACCCUCCAGCACAAUAUUACACGAGAGAGGGCAUCUCUAGCGAAGGGCACUGUACCCUGGCCGAAUGAAGAUCUCAACUCGAUGUUCGUGUGGAAUAACUACCUGCUGGAGCCUGCCGUCAAUGUACUUCAGGACCCAUACGACUGGUCACUCUCAAUAUAUGGCCGAACUGCUCAUAUCACUGUGAUUGCCAGGCGGUCACGGUAUUUUGCAGGUGCUCGCUUUCUUAAACGAGGUGCAAACGACCUAGGAUAUGUCGCCAACGAUGUUGAGACGGAGCAAAUUGUUGCUGAAUCUUUGACAACAUCUUUCCACGCUCCUGGUCCCAGGCCGUACUGCAGUCCUCAGUACACCUCAUACGUCCAGCAUCGUGGAAGCAUACCUCUCUACUGGACCCAGGACAGCACCGGCGUGACUCCGAAACCGCCCAUUGAACUUAAUCUAGUAGAUCCAUUCUAUAGCGCCGCCGCUCUUCAUUUCGACAAUCUAUUUGAGCGGUACGGCGCUCCGAUAUACGUUCUCAACCUUAUCAAGUCCAGAGAAAGAACGCCUAGAGAGUCAAAGCUGCUAGCAGAGUAUACACAUGCUAUAGACUAUCUCAACCAAUUCCUGCCAGCCGACAAGAAGAUCAUACACAAGGCGUGGGACAUGAGCCGUGCAUCCAAGAUCCGUGGCGGCGACGUCAUCGGGAAUCUGGAAACCAUCGCCGAGUCGGUACUGAAAACAACCGGCUUCUUUCAAAACGGCGACGGAAUCACAACCCCCUUGACGGCCCAGAAUGGCAUUGCUCGUACCAACUGUAUCGACUGCUUAGAUCGCACAAAUGCCGCACAGUUCGUCAUCGGCAAGCGUGCGCUGGGCCAUCAGCUUCACGCCCUUGGUAUACUUGAAAAUACCUCUGUCGAGUACGAUACCGAUGCUGUGAAUCUCUUCACCCACAUGUGGCACGACCAUGGAGAUACAAUUGCGGUACAGUACGGCGGUUCUCAGCUCGUCAAUACGAUGGAAACGUAUCGAAAGAUCAAUCAAUGGACCAGUCACUCUCGAGAUAUGAUAGAGAGCUUCAAGCGAUACUACAACAACUCAUUCCUCGACAGUCAGCGGCAAGAGGCAUACAAUCUCUUUCUUGGCAACUAUAUCUUCUCGCAUGGCCAACCUAUGCUCUGGGAUCUGCCAACAGACUACUACCUUCACCACGCCAGCCCGAAAGAAUGGACAGAGGCGGGAAGGCCUAAUUACAUCAACUGGUUCACACCAGCUUAUCUCGAGGAACGAAAAAUCCCGCCAUUUGUUGCGCCAACAGCUCUUAGCCGUUGUAAGAACGCAGAAUCAUUCGAUGAUUACUGGCUAGAGUACUAUCGACCAGCUACUCUAUCAUCCUUCCCUAAGAUGUUUGCGUACAAGAUGAACUCUACCAUAAAGUAUAUACCUCUGAAGGCAACUCAGGAUGGUAGAUAUGAUCUCAGCCCCUUCCGAGUCCGAACUGAUGGUGAUGUCGAUCUCGAGAAGAGAAAAGUAAAGAAGGAGCCAACAUCACCAUCCGAAUCGCUAGUCUCGACCCAGACCUACCGCCAACAGACACUCUCGCCAGACAUGGGAGACAAUGCUUCGUCUAUACCCUCUGACAGAGUAACAGGAAGGGAUGUGUCUCGGAACGACUGGCUACGACCAUCGCAGGGGGGGUCGCAAAGCAGGGAGAUGUGGGGCAUCUACAGCGGGCCUGGCACCAUAUCGCCAGCCAAAGCUUCUCUCUCGGCGGACACAUUGAAGGAGAAGCCGUCGGAUCUCGAAAAGUCCAAAACAACGCAGUGGACCUUUACCAAGGCGGUCAAGGACGCUCUGAAUCCAGUCGUGGAGCCUCACGAAGCGGAGGAUUAUGAACGUUAUAUUCGUCACCCGCAAAACCUCCCGCUCGUCGUCUCAAGCGAUACUCCAGUAGAUAUCGACUCAUCAGAAUAUAAGGAUUAUGUUGAUGGCACUUGGCUUGAUCAAGGCCUUAUGGUGACAGGUAUCGACGAGGAUGCAGAUGUUUACUCGGAGCUCGUUAAAAUAGGCGAAAAUCCCCUGACCGUUACCGAAGAGGAUGCGCCCAAGAAGAGGUACAAGGCCUACGGGAAGUGGCUUCGGGGUAAAUCAUUCUUCAAACAGCAACCUCUGGAUUGA